AUGAUCCACCAUAUCUCAACGGCAGACGGGGUCCAGCAGGCCAUUUUGCAAGCUUUUGAAAUUAUCGAAUCCCGGCCGGAAUCGGAAAACACAACCUACUUCAACUGUACCUCUUCCGACGAGCUCCGGAAAGUAGUACAAAAAAACCCCUUCUCGUGGACACAAAAUCCCGAAAAGCUCAAGCAUUUCCAAUACGAGCACGUCAGCGAUUUGCACCAGUUGCACGAAAAAAUAGCAUCCUGCAAUGGGAACCUUAUUGUGAUUGAGCAGCUUGACCACAUCGUUUUGCAGCCGGGUGCGGGCGAUUAUGACCGGUUGAACGAGCUUUUGGCCGGGGUGCUCCGGGCGUCCGAGCACGUGAUCCUCCUAGAUUCCUGGGACUACAUUGACAAGUACUAUGCCUCCUGA